AUGGCUACGAUGCAAACUGGCUUAGACGUUCUCCGCAGGAGAACCAUCGUCGACUGUGACACAAUGGAUGAACAAGUUGCCAGAGACUUGGGUCCGUUCCAAGACUGUACUUCAAACCAGGCUAUUGCGUACGGCGAACUGUCAAAGCCAGAACACAUCGAAUUGAUCCGCAAUUCCAUCUCAGACGCCGAUGAUCUUUUGCCCAGAUUCACUGGCGUCACCCUGGAGGAGCUGGCAGUUGAGAUUGCGAUGGUUAGAUUAGCCUUGAAAAUAGCUCCUCAUAUCCGCGGACACGUUCAUGUUCAGACGAACCCUUACUACUCUUACUCCACUGAAAGUACAAUUGUGAACGCUUUGAGAAUUGUCCAGCUCUUCCAACACCUGCAACCAGGUUUUGAGCAAUCUCGUAUCUGCAUCAAAAUUCCGAGUACAUGGGAGGGCAUGAUGGCUUGCCGAGCUCUUGAGAUGGCCGGUGUGCGAACGCUAGCCACGACGCUCUUCACAAUGUCCCAGGCCAUCUUAGCGGCGGAGGUUGGGUGCACGUAUAUAGCCCCUUAUGUCAAUCAAUUGAAAGUCCACUUCGAACCAGGAUUCAAGGACCCAAACAAGCUCUUGCCUCUCUGUGUUUCAAUUCAGAAGCAUUAUAAGUCCAUCAAUGCAAAAACAAAGGUCUUGCCAGCUAGCUUGACAUCCAUAAACGAGAUAUAUGCCCUGGCAGGGGUCGACCAUAUCACAAUCGCGCCAGACCUCCUGAAACAGCUUUCGCAACCCAGCUCUGCACCUCAGAUGGAGUCUCUCUUUGACUCUGGUGUUCCAUCAGCAAUCUCUGUGGCACAGCAGUCAUUUGUAAACGACGAAUCCGCUUACAGGAUUGCCUUCACACGGGACCUGCAUGGAGCAAGUGAAGAGAAACUCACACAGGCAAGUUUGGAUGAAGUAUGA